UAUUUUGCAGACCGAAAGUUAGGGCUCGAAUCUGCUACUGCUACUGCAACCAGCCUCCAAAGUCGAGUUUGAAGUCUCUCGGUCGAGCUGCUUACGGUCUAUACUGGUUCUAUUCUUGGACUGAUGGCAUAGCUUGAACAGCAGCUCGUCUGAUCUUCUUCUUAUUCUUCUUAGUUCUUCCUGCCCCUGUUCUAUUUUGCAAGACUGAAGACCCUGUUAUACCUUGGAAGACCAAAUACAGCGCAGCAGCUUCAACUUCAAAAAUUCCAACAAUAACUAUAAAAAACACAUGGUCGAGGCUUGUGUCUCCUUGUGCUCCGGAGGCCGACGCCUCUUGUGUUCUGAACUUCGCCUCAUGCCUCUGGGUAGUGGAACACUUCACAUCACGACUCCAUGUUUUAAAACACAAUAGAGCCACUUCAAUCGAAUUGAAGAGUGUAGAGAUUUGACUUAAAGAAAUGAAGCCCGGUGGUGCUGCAAAGUUGAUCGUUGAUGCACUGCUCCAGCGGUUUCUUCCUCUUGCCAGGCGCCGCAUUGAAACAGCCCAAGCACAGGAUGGACAGUAUCUUCGGCCAUCGGACCCAGCUUAUGAGCAAGUGUUAGAUUCAUUAGCAAUGGUGGCUCGGCAUACACCUAUUCCUCUCCUAGAAGCUCUUCUCAGGUGGAGAGAAAGUGAAUCUCCAAAGGGUGCAAAUGAUGCCUCUACAUUUCAGCGUAAGCUGGCAGUGGAGUGCAUAUUUUGCUCGGCAUGUAUUCGCUUCGUUGAGUGUUGCCCACAAGAGGGGCUUACAGAGAAGCUUUGGUCUGGACUUGAAAACUUCGUUUUCGACUGGCUAAUCAAUGCUGACAGGGUUGUAAGCCAGGUUGAAUAUCCCUCAUUGGUUGAUUUGCGAGGACUCCUUCUGGACCUAGUUGCACAGCUACUAGGGGCAUUGUCACGGAUCAGAUUUAGUUCUGUCACGGAGCGCUUUUUCAUGGAACUCAAUGCUCGCCGUAUUGAUAGCAAUAUUGCCAGAAGUGAAACACUAAGUAUAAUUAAUGGGAUGCGCUACCUUAAGCUGGGGGUUAAGACAGAAGGUGGACUGAAUGCGUCAGCUUCCUUCGUGGCAAAAGCAAACCCCCUGAAUCGUGCUCCACAUAAAAGGAAAAGUGAAUUACAUCAUGCACUGUGCAAUAUGCUCUCAAGCAUUCUAGCACCACUUGCAGAUGGUGGAAAAAGCCAGUGGCCCCCAUCAGGGGUGGACCCUGCACUUACUCUAUGGUACGAAGCUGUUGCUCGUAUAAGGGUGCAACUUUUGCAUUGGAUGGAGAAACAGAGCAAACAUAUCGCUGUUGGCUACCCUUUGGUGACUCUUCUUCUCUGUCUUGGCGAUCCUCAAACUUUCAACAGUAACUUUGGUCCUCACAUGGAGCAUCUGUACAAGCAUCUUAGAGACAAGAACCAACGCUUCAUGGCCUUGGACUGCCUUCAUCGAGUUGUGAGAUUUUAUUUAAGCGUUUAUGCAGAUUAUCAACCCAGAAAUCGUGUGUGGGACUACCUAGAUAGUGUCACCUCCCAACUACUGACAUUUCUAAGGAAAGGAAUGCUAACUCAGGAUGUCCAACAUGAUAAACUUGUAGAGUUCUGUGUGACUAUAGCAGAAAGUAACCUAGAUUUUGCCAUGAAUCAUAUGAUACUGGAAUUGUUAAAGCCAGAUAGCUUGAGUGAAGCAAAGGUUAUUGGCUUACGUGCUUUGCUUGUGAUCGUCAUGUCUCCUUCUGGCCAGCAUACUGGCUUAGAGGUUUUCCGAGAUCAUCAUAUUGGGCAUUACAUUCCAAAAGUGAAAUCUGCAAUUGAGUCAAUCUUAAGGUCUUGCCACAGAACGUAUAGUCAGGCUCUUCUUACUUCUUCAAAGACAACUAUAGAUGCUGUCACCAAGGAAAAAUCUCAAGGAUAUCUCUUCCGGUCAGUGCUGAAGUGUAUACCUUAUUUGAUUGAAGAGGUUGGCCGAAGUGACAAAAUCACCGAAAUAAUUCCUCAACAUGGUAUAAGUAUUGAUCCUGGUGUCCGUGAAGAAGCAGUUCAGGUGCUGAACCGAAUUGUAAGAUAUCUUCCACAUCGUCGCUUUGCAGUUAUGAGAGGGAUGGCCAACUUCAUCCUACGGCUUCCAGAUGAAUUUCCUCUUCUCAUUCAAACAUCACUGGGACGCCUGGUGGAACUUAUGCGUUUCUGGAGGGCUUGUUUAUCUGAGGAGAGACUAGAUUAUGAUGUUCAGGAUGCAAAGCGAGUGGGCCUUGGAAACGACAAAGUUCAAAAAUUUUCUUUCCAUCAGUCAGGAGAAGCAAUAAAUGAGUUUCGUGCUUCUGAGAUAGAUGCAGUUGGCCUUAUCUUUCUCAGUUCUGUGGAUAUUCAGAUCAGGCAUACAGCAUUAGAGUUGUUACGCUGUGUUCGGGCAUUAAGAAAUGAUAUAAGAGACCUUUCAAUAAAUGAACUAUCUGAUCAUAAAAUGAAAAAUGAAGCUGAGCCAAUAUUUAUUAUUGAUGUCCUUGAAGAAAAUGGGGAUGACAUUGUUCAGAGCUGUUAUUGGGAUUCUGGCCGCCCCUAUGAUGUACGGAGGGAAUUUGAUGCAGUUCCUCCUGAUGUGACACUUCAAUCUAUUCUUGACACUGACAAGAACAGAUGGGCCCGCUGUCUUAGUGAGCUUGUGAAAUAUGCUGAUGAGAUUUGCCCAAACUCAGUGCAAGAGGCAAAGCUGGAAGUUGUGCAACGCCUGGCUCAUAUAACACCUAUAGAGUUAGGUGGGAAGGCUCAUCAGUCACAGGAAGCUGAAAAUAAGCUAGAUCAGUGGCUCAUGUAUGCAAUGUUUGCAUGCUCUUGUCCACCUGAUAGUAGAGAAGUUGGUGGUGUAGCAGCAACCAAAGAACUCUACCAUCUUAUUUUUCCUUCACUCAAAUCUGGAUCUGAAGCUCACAUAACUGCAGCUACAAUGGCUUUGGGUCACUCACAUUUGGAAAUCUGUGAAAUCAUGUUUGGUGAGCUUGCAUCUUUUGUUGAGGAGGUCUCACUGGAAACAGAGGGAAAACCAAAAUGGAAGAGUCAAAAAGCCCGCCGUGACGAACUCCGUGUUCACAUUGCAAAUAUAUAUCGUACUGUUGCUGAGAAUAUCUGGCCUGGAAUGCUGAGUCGGAAACCGGUUUUUCGUCUACAUUUUUUGAAAUUCAUUGAAGAAACAACCAAACAGAUUGUAACUGCACCCCCUGAGAGCUUUCAAGAAAUGCAACCUCUCCGUUUUGCAUUAGCCUCUGUUCUAAGAUCACUGGCCCCAGAAUUUGUGGAGUCAAGGUCAGAGAAAUUUGAUGUCAGAACCCGAAAGCGAUUGUUUGAUCUUCUUCUCUCUUGGUGUGAUGACACAGGUAGUAUGUGGAGUCAGGAUGCUGUCAGUGAUUACCGUCGUGAAAUUGAGCGAUACAAGUCAGCUCAGCACAGUCGUUCAAAGGAUUCAAUAGACAAAAUCUCAUUUGAUAAAGAAAUAAAUGAGCAAGUUGAGGCAAUUCAAUGGGCCUCUAUGAAUGCCAUGGCUUCACUACUGUAUGGGCCAUGCUUUGAUGACAACGCAAGAAAGAUGAGUGGCAGGGUGAUUUCAUGGAUUAACAGUUUGUUCAUUGAGCCAGCACCUAGGGCACCUUUUGGGUAUUCACCUGCUGAUCCAAGGACCCCAUCUUAUUCAAAAUAUACAGGAGAUGGAGGCCGUGCUUCUGCUGGACGAGAUAGACAUAGGACUGGCCACCUCCGCGUUUCCCUAGCAAAAACAGCUCUGAAGAAUCUUCUGCAGACAAAUUUGGACCUGUUUCCUGCCUGCAUUGACCAGUGCUACUACUCAGAUGCUGCCAUAGCUGAUGGCUAUUUCAGUGUGCUUGCUGAAGUCUACAUGCGCCAAGAGAUCCCAAAAUGUGAAAUUCAAAGACUUCUGAGUUUGAUCCUCUACAAGGUGGUAGAUCCAUCCAGACAAAUCCGUGAUGACGCACUUCAGAUGCUUGAGACACUCUCUGUCCGUGAAUGGGCUGAGGAAGGCACUGAGGGUUCAGGUCGCUAUCGAGCUGCAGUUGUUGGCAAUCUCCCCGACUCCUACCAGCAGUUCCAAUACAAACUUUCAUGCAAGCUUGCCAAAGAUCAUCCAGAGCUGAGCCAGCACCUCUGUGAGGAAAUCAUGCAGCGACAACUUGAUGCUGUGGACAUAAUUGCACAGCAUCAGGUCUUAACAUGCAUGGCUCCCUGGAUUGAGAACCUAAACUUCUGGAAACUUAAAGAUUCAGGGUGGAGUGAAAGAUUAUUAAAAAGUCUUUACUAUGUUACAUGGCGACAUGGAGACCAGUUUCCUGAUGAAAUUGAAAAGCUAUGGAGCACAAUUGCUAGCAAGCCCAAGAAUAUCAGUCCUGUUCUUGAUUUCUUGAUCACCAAGGGAAUAGAAGAUUGUGAUUCCAAUGCUUCUGCUGAAAUAAGCGGAGCUUUUGCAACUUACUUUUCAGUUGCCAAACGUGUUAGCUUGUACCUGGCUCGGAUAUGCCCACAGCGCACAAUUGAUCACUUGGUUUACCAGUUAGCUCAGCGGAUGCUGGAGGAUUGUGUGGAACCAGUCAGACCAAGUGCAAACAAGGGUGAUGCUGGUGGAAAUUUUGUCUUGGAGUUCUCUCAGGGACCUACAGUAACUCAAGUUGCAUCAGUUAUGGACAGUCAACCACACAUGUCACCAUUGCUAGUACGAGGUUCACUUGAUGGUCCACUUAGGAACACAAGUGGGAGUCUGAGUUGGCGAACUGCAGCCGUGACAGGCCGUAGCAUUUCAGGGCCACUAAGUCCAAUUCCUCCAGAGAUGAACAUUGUUCCUGUCACUGCUGGUCGGUCAGGACAGCUCCUUCCAGCAUUGGUAAACAUGUCAGGGCCAUUGAUGGGGGUCCGAAGCUCAACUGGGAGCUUGAGGAGUCGCCAUGUUUCCCGAGACAGUGGAGACUAUCUCAUUGAUACACCGAACUCUGGGGAAGAUGGGUUGCUUUCUGGCAUUGGGUUGCAUGGGGUCAAUGCUGGAGAACUCCAGUCAGCUCUGCAGGGGCACCAACAGCACUCACUCACUCAUGCUGAUAUAGCAUUGAUUCUACUUGCAGAGAUUGCUUAUGAGAAUGAUGAAGAUUUUAGAGAGCACCUACCUUUGCUCUUUCAUGUCACAUUUGUCUCAAUGGAUAGCUCUGAAGAUAUUGUGCUAGAGCACUGCCAGCACUUGCUUGUUAAUCUGCUAUACUCGCUUGCAGGUAGGCACUUGGAGCUAUAUGGGGUUGAAAAUUGUGAUGGGGAGAACAAACAGCAAGUUGUAAGCCUGAUCAAGUAUGUCCAGUCGAAGCGAGGGAGCAUGAUGUGGGAGAAUGAAGACCCAACUGUCACACGGACUGAACUCCCUAGUGCUGCCCUUCUGUCGGCCCUAGUGCAGAGCAUGGUUGAUGCAAUCUUUUUUCAAGGGGAUCUCCGGGAGACAUGGGGUGCAGAGGCUCUUAAAUGGGCCAUGGAGUGCACAUCCAGGCACCUUGCAUGCCGCUCUCACCAAAUUUACCGUGCAUUACGGCCCAAUGUGACAAGUGACACAUGUGUUUCCCUCCUACGGUGUCUCCACAGGUGCCUUGGGAACCCCGUGCCAGCGGUUCUGGGCUUCAUCAUGGAGAUUCUGUUGACUUUGCAAGUGAUGGUGGAGAACAUGGAACCUGAGAAGGUGAUACUCUAUCCACAGCUCUUCUGGGGCUGUGUAGCAAUAAUGCACACAGAUUUUGUGCAUGUUUACUGUCAAGUGCUUGAGCUUUUUGCCCGUGUGAUUGAUCGACUAUCAUUCCGAGACAGAACGACAGAGAAUGUACUCCUUUCAAGCAUGCCCCGUGAUGAGCUUGACACCACUGGCUGUGGCCCAGAAGAACUUCAACGAAUGGAAUCUAGAAUUGGCAGUGAACCUCCACCAGUGAAUGGCAAGGUUCCAGCCUUUGAAGGAGUGCAACCUCUUGUUCUUAAAGGGCUUAUUUCAACAGUAAGUCAUGGGUCUUCUAUUGAAGUCCUCUCACGGAUUACAGUGCACUCGUGUGACUCCAUAUUUGGGGAUGCUGAGACACGGCUUCUGAUGCAUAUUACUGGGUUGCUUCCCUGGCUCUGCUUACAGCUCAGUAAGGACUCGGCAGUUGGACCUGCUUCCCCGCUACAACAACAGUACCAAAAAGCUUGUUCCGUCGCUUCCAACAUUGCAAUUUGGUGCAGGGCAAAAUCACUGGACGAUCUGGCAACUGUAUUUCUUGCUUACUCCCGUGGUGAAAUCACUUCCAUUGAUAACCUACUUGCUUGUGUGUCACCACUUUUGUGUGCUGUGUGGUUUCCAAAGCAUUCAGCAUUGGCAUUUGGGCACUUGUUACGACUCCUGGAGAAGGGGCCAGUUGAAUAUCAACGAGUGAUACUGCUCAUGCUCAAGGCUUUGCUCCAGCACACACCCAUGGAUGCUGCCCAGAGCCCACAUGUGUAUGCAAUUGUGUCACAGCUGGUGGAGAGCACAUUGUGUUGGGAGGCAUUGAGUGUGUUGGAAGCCCUUCUGCAAAGCUGUAGUUCAUUUACUGGCUCCCACCCUCACGAGCCUGGAUAUUUGGAGAAUGGAUUUAGUGGGGCUGAGGAUAAGAUUCUUGCUCCUCAGAGCUCGUUUAAGGCUCGGAGUGGACCGUUGCAAUUCAGCAUGGGGUCAGGCUUUGGUACUGGCUCGACACCAGCAGUACCGGGAGGUGUGGUUGAAUCAGGUCCAUCAGCAAGAGAGGUAGCUUUGCAAAAUACACGCCUGAUUUUGGGACGGGUGCUUGACACUUGUCCUCUUGGGAGGAGGAGAGACUACAGAAGGCUCGUCCCAUUUGUGACCAAUAUGGGAAACCGGUAACCUGCAUGUUUAAUUUUUUCCUCGGUGUUGUUCCAAUGUCUGUUGUUUGAGUAUGUUUUUUUUUUUUUUUGUUUAUCAGUUUUAUGUAAUCUAAUCUGUGCUGGUAUAUCUGUAAAUAGCGUGUUAAUUGCAGUAUAUCAAGUAGUUGUAUUUUUUUGCUUCCAAUGAAAGAAAAAGUGUAAGAAACUAAGUCUUCCCUCAUUAACUCAGAAUAUUAUCUGAUCCUCUUUACAAAUCAGAAGUGGGAUCUAACAUUUGAACCUCUAAUUUUCUUUCUUA